AUGCUUGGCAAAGACAAGAGCAGCCAGUCCAUUUUUCUCCCUGCACUCACAUGGAAGCGCAUUGUCACCUCCACCAAGAAGAAAAGCAACCCGAAGAAACCACUGGCCGACCACCUCAACAACAAUAGCAUCCACUUCUACCACAAAGACCCCGUUUUGCACCUGAACCAUGAAAACGUCAAAAAAUCGCUGUCGUGCGUUAAUCUUUCAAGCCAUGACGGCUACACCAACAAUAUUGGAAUUGGCUAUUGCAAAUUGCAACAGCUUUCCUCUGUGAAAAAGGUACCGCAAGGAGCACUAACUACAUCUCCAAAAAGAGUUAUUGUACAAGCGUCAACGAGCGAACUUUUGCGAUGUUUGGGCGAGUUCCUGUGCUACCGAUGCUACCGUUUGAAGCAUCUCAGCCCGGCCGAUCCCGUGUUAUGGUUGCGGGCCGUGGAUCGGUCGCUGCUGCUGCAAGGAUGGCAAGAUCAGGCUUUUGUGACGCCCGCGAACGUUGUUUUUGUGUACAUGCUCUGUCGUGAUGUGGUGGAUGGCGAUUUGAUUUGUUCAGAGCACGAGUUGCAAGCAAUUCUGCUAACCUGUCUGUAUCUGUCCUAUUCCUACAUGGGCAACGAGAUCUCCUAUCCGCUCAAGCCGUUUCUGGUGGAAGCGGGGAAGGAGGCAUUUUGGGACCGCUGUUUGGCAAUCAUAGAUGUGACCAGCGCCAAAAUGCUCAAGAUAAACGCGGAUCCGCACUUUUUCACACAGGUUUUUGCAGAGCUGAAAAUUGAAGGAGGGUGUCUGCCGCAGGAUAUUGGUCGCAUUUUGGAACGAUAA